AUGCUGGAUCUUGCGUUUGCAGCGUUGCUUCCAAGGGACGACGACGAUGUCGUUGCCUGCGCGGUGUCUAAUUCAUACAAUGGACACAACGGACUGCGCAUCCUGGCGGUGUUUAUUAUCCUGAUAUCCUCUGGGGUCGGUGUGUUUUUCCCAAUCAUGGCCUCCCGGUACUCGUUCAUACGGCUGCCGGACUGGUGUUUCUUCAUCGCUAAGUUCUUCGGGUCUGGGGUGAUCGUCGCUACAGCGUUUAUACACUUGCUGCAGCCGGCUAGUGAGGCCCUGGGGGACCCCUGUCUCGGAGGCACUUUCGCAGAGUACCCGUGGGCAUUCGGUAUCUGCCUCAUGUCCCUGUUCAUGCUGUUUUUCACGGAGAUUGUCUCGCAUCAUUUCAUAAGCAAGUCUCUAGGUGAUAGUCAUGAGUCUCACGGUGGGGCUGACAGUGUGUACGGGGACGACGAUGACUCCGAGUUCAGUGUGAGUAAACAACGUGAAAUUGUCGACUCGCAGAAGGGAGAGUUGUUCAUAAAGGACAAAUUCGAGCAAGAGGUCGAUCUCUCUCAGGGGAUUACCACGGUUCCAUCGACAAGGGACUAUGCUAACUUGACGAGCACGGAACUGGAGCCAACGAUACCAGGGAAGGACCAUUUUGCUCACGAUACGGAACACCAGGACCCAAGCCAAUUGGGGACGCCCGUGCAGGAGCAGGACAAAGAGCAAUACUUGAACCAGAUCGUGGCAGUCACAAUCUUGGAGGCAGGGAUCAUUUUCCAUUCGGUGUUCGUCGGGUUGUCCCUCUCCGUUUCAGGGGAAGAGUUUGAAACGUUGUUCAUCGUGCUGACUUUCCACCAAAUGUUCGAAGGGCUUGGACUGGGCACGAGAGUCGCAGAGACAAAUUGGCCAGAGAACAGGAAGAACACGCCGUGGCUCAUGGGACUCGCGUUCAUGCUGACGUCGCCGAUCGCAGUGGCCAUAGGGAUUGGCGUGAGGCACUCGUGGGUUCCCGGAUCCAGGAAAUCACUGAUUGCCAAUGGGGUCUUCGACGCGAUCUCGUCAGGGAUCCUCAUCUACACAGGGCUUGUAGAGCUCAUGGCCCACGAAUUCCUGUUCUCAAAUCAGUUUAAGGGCCCUGGUGGCUUGAAGAAAAUGCUAUACGCAUACUUCAUCAUGUGUCUCGGCGCUGGAUUAAUGGCUCUACUGGGGAAAUGGGCGUAA